AUGAAAAUCGUUUCUAUCCUCUUAUCCCUGCUGCUUUUAUUCUUUAUCAAUUUAUUUUUCGUAAAGUCCAUAUAUAAAAAUGAGCAGAGCUACAAUGUUCCGCUGAAUGUCCUAUUCAGUAAGGGGAAGAACAUUCGGAAGAGGUUAUGCAGUGAAUGUUUUUUUAAAAACGAAGUAAACCUGAUAUACAACAGCUGCCGUGCUUUGGAGAGCGUAAACUAUCAUAAGCUUAACCGUAGAAAAUUUUUUUUCUUUGUAAAAGAGUCUCCCAAAAUUUUGAAGAGAUAUGUUAGCUUGAGGUCGCUGUCAAAAAUAUCAGACAUUUUAUCGGUCCGUUUAUUGACUAGGUUCCUUUCGGACAGAGCGUCUGUGGUAACCAACUGGUUUUACCUGCUAGAGGGCACCUACAUAAGGAAUAACAUUUUGCGCGGCCUGGUUGGUUUUUUCGGCACGCUCGUGUUGCGUUUCUUAGUUGUGUACCUCGUUCAGCUGGCCGCGUCCUUCCUCCUGUUCCACUACGUGAACAUCGUUUCGCAAAAGACGCAGGCCUGCAUUUUAGAAGUGAGUGGGUCCAACUACGUCUCCAGGGUGAUUGGUUUUUUCCAACUCAACCUGGUAAAUUAUUACUUAAAUGUGGCAUGCGAGUUUGUCCAGGCGAUCCUCAUACGAGCUCUCUUCAAUCAGUACGAAGGGCACCUCAUCAGGACGAUCAUAUACAACAGCUCCGACUACUACAUAAACACCAGGCUGACAAAUAAAUACCAGCUCCUCUACCAGUGCACCAAGAAGUUCGUUUUGACGCGAAUCAACAAGCUGAGUCUAUUCACCUUCAAUUACUUGCGCUACUUUGUGCUGACUAAUUUGUUCUUUAAAAUAUCGGGAGGCACGUAUAAUAAAUUUUCACCCAGCGACGUGAAGAUGCCGGGCGUCUACUCCAACCCGAGGAAGAGCCUAAACAAAGACAUGAAAUACGCCACCAAAAGGGAAAUAGAAGUUCUGAGAAGCUUCUGCAAAGAAACGGGCUGCCAUACAUGUGGAGUCAGUUGCCACGACCGGUUCAUAGGAGACCACCAGCCACCUGUACAAGUCAUUAAGGACAUGGUUCAUUACUACAAAAAAAGAAAACUCCUUCGAACUAUACUAAAAUUUUUUAAAUUAUAUGACACCAAGCAGAGGUUAUAUCCACAGUGUGUUCGCUGUUCACAAUUACAGGCAGCAUCCGUGAGGUGCAAAAAACUGAGGCUCAUUCCUCACUACAAUACGAUUCGGCUUUUCCAUGCUUCGUCUGUUUUUCACUUGGCAUUGAAGAUGCUUUUGCUCACCCAGUGGAAUAAGAUCGUCUUUUGGGACGGCGACAAUGUGCGCUGA